AUGCCGAUUGCAGCUCUUCCCCCAUCAGCCGUCCGUCAGAUCGGCUCCACUCAGGUCCUCGUCGAUCCUUCUUCCGUCGUCAAAGAACUCAUUGACAAUUCUCUCGAUGCACGCGCAACUAAUAUCUCUGUCGAGAUCUCCACGAAUACCAUUGAUGUCAUUCAAGUCAGGGACAAUGGUCACAGCAUUCCUGCAGAAGACAGACCUAUGGUUUGCCGACGAUACUGUACAAGCAAGAUUCGUGACUUUUCCGACCUGAAAGAUCUUGGUGGCAAGUGCCUAGGCUUUCGCGGCGAGGCUUUGGCAAGCCUAGCUGAAAUGUGUGGAAGCUUAAGCAUAACUGUAAGAGCGGAAGGAGAGCCAGUAGCAGCCUUGUUGAAGAUUGGGCGAAGUGGGAACAUCGAGUCGCAAGAAAAAAUGUCCCAUCCCGUUGGUACCACGGUCCGAGCAGCAAAUUUCUUCCAAGGUUUGCCUGUCCGCAAGCAAGAUGCACUGAAACAUUCGGCCAAAUACCUGAAACAUAUAAAACACCUCAUGCAAGCAUACGCCCUUGCUAGGCCAGCCACUAGAUUCUCUUUGAGGGUUCUCAAGUCAAAGUCCGACAAGGCCAACUUUAUUUACGCUCCCAAGCCCGGUGCCAGUGUCGAAGAUGCAGCGUACAAAAUCAUAGGAAUUAACAGCGCAAACCAGUGUACGUGGUCCAUCCUAGAGUCUCGCGGUUUUGGGAUUGAAGCAUUUCUGCCAAAGCCAAAUGGAGAAGCUGCCAAAGUUGGCAACCUUGGACAGUUCAUUUCCGUCGAUUCUCGUCCAGUCUCUACUAUGCGUGGGACGUUCAAGCAAAUUGCAUCCCUCUUUAAGGAAAAGUUGAAAAGGUCAAGUGCGAGCUUUGAAGGAGUGAAAGACCCCUUUCUUUGCAUGAACAUCAUAUGUCCUCCUGACAGCUAUGAUCCAAAUAUCGAGCCGGCGAAAGACGAUGUUAUGUUUGAUGAUGCCGCCAAAGUUGUGGAAGCUGUUGAGGAGCUUCUGCAGGUUCGCCAUUGGUCUGCCUCAGCAGGAGAAUGA